AUGGUGAUCCGUGUGUAUAUUGCAUCCUCCUCUGGCUCCACAGCAAUUAAGAAGAAACAGCAAGAUGUGCUUGGUUUCUUAGAAGCUAACAAAAUAGGAUUUGAAGAAAAAGAUAUUGCAAUGAAUGAAGAGAAUCAGAAGUGGAUGAGAGAAAAUGUACCUGAAAACAGUCGACCAGCCACAGGGUACCCCCUGCCACCUCAGAUUUUCAGUGAAAGCCAGUACCAUGGGGACCAUGAUGCCUUCUUUGAAGCUACAGAAAAUAAUGCAGUGUAUGCAUUUUUAGGCUUGACAGCCCCACCUGGUUCAAAGGAAGCAGAAGCUCAGGCAAAGCAGCAAGCAUGAACCUUAAAAAUUCUGCCCUGAGCAUCCUGAAAAAGGAGGCUCCAUUGCUUUUUAUAAAAUAGCAAAAUUAUGUUGGCUUCAAA